AUGGACGACCGCACGGUGGACAAGAUCUUCGCCCCCGGGGGAAAACACCUUGCCUCCUCAGCUCGAAGGGUGUCUAUUUUUCCCCCCUACAUUCACAGUUUUCCAAGACUCAAGGGGUUUUUUCAAGAAAAAAAUGGGCUCGAGUUUUCCCAAUGGGGCGUGAGAGACGAGGCAACAGACGAUCACAUGACUACAGAACUCUGCAUGAGGGAGAUUGACAACUGCCAGAGACUCUCCAUGGGACCGAAUUUCGUGUUCUUCGGCGGGCAAAAGUACGGCUACAGACCCAUUCCAACCGUGAUCCUAGGCUCUGAACUCCUCAUGCUACGCGAGGCCCUUAUAAACAUGGGCGUGGACACCAUCCUCAUCGACACCUGGUACAAAAGGGAUUCCAACGCCGUCCCCUUCGUUUAUAUCCUUCAGCCAAUAUCCUCCAUCCUCGUCAAUUUCAACAACAAGCGCGUUCCCAAGCUCCAAGCCCAGGACCAAGCCACGUGGUGGGACACCCUGAGCAAGAUGCAGAAGCUCUUGCGAAAGGCGGCCCAGGCUUGCUAUAACACACACAAGAUGGAUAAGGAAGCGAUGCACAAUUACUUCAUGUCGGUAACGGAGCGAGAGGUCAUCAACGGAAUCCUGUCAGUGAAGAACACGAAGAACCACACGCUGGCCCUGGUCCGCUACAUCAACAACAUCAACUUGCAGAACCUACGUCGAGCGGCCAAUUUCAUCGACAUCGUGAACCGGCAGAUCGACGGGGAAGCCAUGAAGCUCUUGUCCGAUCUCAGGGACGUGAGGCUUCCGGCGAGGAUCGAGGCUUCUAACUACCAUAGAUACACCGUCGAGUGGAUAGGGCGAGAGGGCCUGGCGAAGGAGACCCACGGCGAGUACCUACAGGAGUUCUGCACACACUUCUACAAGGGCAUGACCAAACUCAUCGACCGGGCCAUGAGGAAGGAAGAUUCAUCGGCACAGGGACAGAUCAUUACCGAGAUUCUGCAGCAUCUUCAUGCUUGUAAGAACUCUGUGCAGGUCUUCUACGGGCGUGAGGAGGAAGUGAAGAAGGUCGAGGACUACAUCAAGGGCCCCUCCGUCAACCCCCUCCUCCUGCACGGGGCGGGGGGGUGCGGCAAGACCUCUCUCCUGGCCAAGUGCGCCGCCAGCAGCUUCGAGUGGCUCUCCCACGCCAAACCUAUCCUCGUCAUUCGCUUCGUCGGGACUUCCCCGGAGUCGACUGCCCUCACGCCCUUGCUCACCUCGAUCUGCCAUCAGAUAUCCUACAACUACAUGCUUCCAUUCGAGGAUAUUCCGGACGAUCUUGUGCCUCUUACUGCCCAUCUCAAGGAACUGCUCAACUGUGCCACGACGCAGAUGCCACUUCUGAUCUACCUGGACAGCGUGGACCAGGUCACAGGUGCCACCGAUGCCAACCGUAUGUCUUGGAUUCCCACCCGACUGCCUCCCAAUGUUAAGAUCGUGGUGUCCUGCGUGUCGGAGGACAACGACCCCGAGCUCUCGAAGGAUUACACGCUCCUGCGAAGGAUGAUUGACAACAUAGACAAUUUCCUAGAAGUGCGGGCGCUUGGAGAAGACCUAGCCAUGGAUAUCAUCAAGAAAUGGAUGUGCACCGCCAAGCGAGACCUCAACAACUACCAGUGGCGAGUGGUGAGCAACGCCAUCUCUCGGUGCUCGCUGCCCAUCUUCGUCAAGCUCGUCUUCGCCGAGAUCUGCCGCUGGAAGAGCUACAGCAAGCCGCAGGAUACGUACCUCGCCUCCAACGUGAUGGAUUCCAUUAUGAUGCUCUUCUCCAAGGUCGAAGUCAAGUUCAAAGAGGCCGCCAUCAAGAGAUAUUUCACCAACCAGAACAUGGCACAGUAUUUCUACUCCAUGAUCGCCGAUUAUUUCCUGGGCACUUGGGGUGGAGGCAUACCCAAGCCUUUCAAGUACACGGAGAUCCAGAGGCAUAGAUUCAACCUGAAGAGUAAGGAAGGUCUGGCCGAUAGGAAGGUCCCUGCCCAACCUCUGGUCUAUUAUAACAAGGACGGGAAGGUCAGCCGCUAUAAUUUACGCAAGUUCGGAGAGCUGCCGUACCACCUGAUUCGAGCGCGGAGGUUCGAGGACCUUUACAAACACGUGCUUUUCAACUACCAGUGGCUUCAUGCUAAGCUCAGCUCGUGUCCUCUGCAAGCUGUCCUUUCAGACUUUGAGGACGCCAUCGCUCACAUCGACGACAGAGACCAGAUAAGAGAGCUGAUGUUAGUAGCGGAUGCCUUGAGAUUAGGUGGCGCCAUCCUCUCCCAAUACCCGGACAUGCUGGCACCACAGCUGAUAGGGCGUCUUUUGCCCGAAAUGGAGACGAAUCCCAAUGUCAAGAGCCUCCUGCUGCAGUGCGACGCCGAGGGGAUAGAUCACUGUGGCCUCCUGCCGACGUAUCACUGUAGCCACACGCCCGGGGGUCCGCUGAAGUACUCCCUAGAAGGCCACCAGUUCGCCGUGUUCGGAUUCCGACUGACGAACGACUUGCGCUACAUCGUCAGCGUUUCGAACAAGUUCAUCACUUGGGACCUGUCGACAUCUGACCUGACACGCGAGGUCAUCCCGGGCAUUGAAGGCAUUAUGCAAGAUCUUGUGCUUUCUCCUGACAACAAGUACUCCAUUGCCCACACUAACAACAGUCAGACGGUUCUCCUCAACAUGCUCACCAGUGAGUUCUUCCUUCUCGAAAAUCCUAUGCCAGGGGAAACUGUCAUAGGUUCGCUCCUGUCAGACUCAUGCGCUGUCAUCCACGGUGAGAGGUCAUGGGUUUUGUACACACUCAGAGGAGAAAUCAAAGAGCGUGUGAGUUCCCCCGUCGACAAACCCAUACUGUUCAUGGACUUCAAGGGCCCGCAGGAUUAUUCAAUUAUCUGCUGGUCAGGUGACUUCGAUGACAAGAACCUCCUUAUACAUACGGUGGUCGACGGAACUGCCUUCGAGAAUCUAGACUUCCACAGCGUGAUGACCUGGACGAAUUGUCGCACUUACCUGUACUGCUGCGUGCAGGAACAUGGCCAGGAUGUGUGUUCUUUCACCAAGGGCGAAUCGUCUUGGAUACUGGAUAGGAUUAUUGCCCCUAAUGACGAGAAACUCCUUAUGCUACACCUGACUCACGACCAGAAACACUUGAUCGGAACCUUUAUGUUAGGUUUUAAGGCGUGGGAAGUGGAUUCGGGCCAAGGCUGGACGCUCAGACUGCCCCACGGAAUCAGGAAUAUCUCCACGCAGCUCCUGAAGUCAAAUUCCUGCGUCCUGUCCAAAGGCUACAAGUAUGCUGUAGCUGGUGUGAGGAAAAACCUCUACGUGUGGGAACUGGAAACCCAAGAACUUCUAAAGGUUUUAGACGCUCAUUUUGGCCGAAUUAUGGACAUGGUGGCUCUGACUGUCGGCAAUUGGAAUUCUGUGAUAACUUCCUCUCUCGAUCGGACGGUUAAAGUGUGGAACAUCAAUAAUAUUUUCGAACAAGUCCACGUCAUCGAUCGUCACGAACUGCAGGUUGACGAUAUCAGCCUGGCCGUCACUCUACCCCUAGCCGUCACAGUGACCAGGAAUUGCGUGGGAAUCUGGAAUCUCAAGCUGGGCAAGCUGGUGAGCAAGCUAGCAGAUUCUCCCCUUGGUGCCAUUGUCACUCAUGCGAAGAUCACAAAUAAUAGCAGGUACAUCGUGUCUACGGAAUCGGGCAACGUUCUCUUCUGGAUGGUUCGUGCUGAAGCUGUGGUGUUCAAGUCAGAACAGAAGAACGUUCAACAGCUCAUGCUCCUCGACGACGAUACCAAGUGUGUCACCGUGUCGAAAAUCUCAGAGGGCACUGGUGAGCCCUCGUGUUACCUCGUUACCCGCUCGAUACCCGACGGCGCCAAAGUGUACGAGUUCGACUAUCCGAUUCGGGUUUUCAAGAGCAUCGCCGUGACAGCCGAUGGCCUGUUCCUCGUCAUUCCUUCGAUCGACGUCAUGAAGGUAAAGGAUGACAUAAUAACCCCCUCCAUCAAUAAUAAAUUUACGCCAAUUCUUCACUUACAGGAUGCCCUCUUGAUCUACCAUGCAAAAACCGGCACGCUGGUACACAAAAUGCCCUUGAAAUACCCGAGUUUCAAGGACUUCCACAUGGUCGUGCCCUUGCCCAAUAAACCUACCCAAGUGGCGCUCAUCGACCAAGACAAAGGGAAUAUCGUUGACAUUCGCACCAAGAAGUUCGUACGGUCGAUCGCCAAGUGGGGAGGAAAGGUAUCGAAGGACGGGAGAUACGGCCUCUACGCCCCGGCCAGAGGAGGACUCGAGCUGCUGGAACUCCGCCACGGCACCUCCGUCAGGACCCUCAUCCCGCGCGUGGCUGAGGGCGUGUUCUCCGUCAUCUGCCUGUUCACGCGCACCGACGAGUAUGUCCUCUAUUACCACGGCGGGAGGAAGACGAUUCGGGUCUUCAGACUGACCGACGGCAAGAUGAUCGCGAACUACCGCGUGCAGGCCGAACUGACAGCCAUUGCCGCGAGUGAGGACGGAAGGACCAUCGUGCUGGGCACUGUGGACGGCUGCCUGUCCUCUCUCACCAUUGCUGAUCCCACGAGAAAUGGGAUUAAGGAGUACCUGGCUGAUCUUCCUUCGAGAAAUCCACAGCUGGUUCUUGCUUCUCCCAAUUGUCCAGUCCUUUUAGGUGUGUCUCGAGAGGUCUGGGUCAGGGAAAAUCAAGGACGAUACAAUUUAAAGAAAGAACGUGUGAAUAAAAGGGGGUCAAAUCAGAUACAGGAGUUGCACAGAGACAUGUUUCGCACUUGUACAGAUGUUCCUUGUACUUGCAACACUCUUAGACUUGGAUCACACAGGCAUACCCCAAGAGAAAAGGUAAGAGAUGACAUGUCACGUGAUAUGCCAUGUCAUCCCAACUACACCAGCUCCAGUAAUACCACACAGUCUCUAAAUCAUCACCACACAGUUACCACAGUCGCUAAAAACAUCACACAGUUACCAAACACUCACCACACAAUUACCACAAAAUACAAGGAAGAAGAAGCAAAGCAGAACAUGACCUUCAAACGUGCAGUCAACAUGGUAAUGCUGACCAACCGCCUUCAGGGAGACUCGUCUUCCUUCUUCGGAAUGAAAAAGGCCAAGUCUUAG